UCUGGAUUUUGGUCCCUCCCCUUUUCCCUUCUGUGUCUUGGAGCACUGGGGCGCUCAGACCCUCCUGCUGUCAGGUACCAGCCUGGAGGAGAGCGCAUCUCUCCUCCAAGCCCUCCACCAUGGGCAAUGCCUCCAAUGACUCCGGGUGGGUGGAGGACUGCGAGAAUCGUCAGUUGCUCCCCUCGGGCGAAAGUCCAGCCAUCAGCUCCGUGAUGUUCUCCGCCGGGGUUUUGGGGAACCUUAUUGCGCUGGCGCUGCUGGCGCGCCGUUGGCGCGGGGACACCGGGUGCAGUGCGGGUAGCAGGACCUCUAUCUCCUUGUUCCACGUGCUGGUGACAGAGCUGGUGCUCACCGACCUUCUGGGGACCUGCCUCAUCAGCCCGGUAGUGCUGGCUUCCUAUGCGAAGAACCAGACCCUGGUGGCCCUGGCUCCUGAGAGCCGCGUGUGCACCUAUUUCGCCUUCACUAUGACCUUCUUCAGUCUGGCCACGAUGCUCAUGCUCUUUGCCAUGGCCCUGGAGCGCUACCUCUCCAUCGGGCACCCUUACUUCUACCGGCGCCGCUUCUCGCGCCGUGGGGGCCUGGCGGUCCUGCCCGCCAUCUACGCGGUCUCCUUGCUCUUCUGCUCCCUGCCGCUGCUCAACUACGGGGAGUACGUCCAGUACUGCCCCGGGUCUUGGUGCUUUAUCCGGCACGGGCGGACUGCAUACCUGCAGCUGUACGCCACGGUGCUGCUGCUGCUCAUCUUGGCGGUGCUCGCCUGCAACUUCAGCGUCAUCCUUAACCUCAUCCGCAUGCACCGUCGGGGCAGAAGAAGCCGCUGUGGAUCCUCCGGCAGUGGCCUGGGUGGCCAUGGGUCGCGCAGGAGAGGAGAAAGGACUUCGAUGGCGGAGGAGGCGGACCACCUCAUUCUCCUGGCCAUUAUGACCAUCACCUUCGCCAUCUGCUCCUUGCCUUUCACAAUCUUUGCUUAUAUGAAUGAAACCUCUUCCCGAAAGGAAAAGUGGGACCUCCAAGCUCUUAGAUUUUUAUCAAUUAACUCUAUAAUUGACCCUUGGGUCUUUGCCAUCCUUAGGCCACCGGUCCUGAGACUAAUGCGUUCAGUCCUCUGUUGUCGGACUUCAUUGAGAACACAAGAAGCUUCACGAACUUCCUGUUCUACCCAGCCCAGUGCCAGUAAACAGACUGACCUUUGUAGACAGUUGUGAGGACGCACUUCAAGAGGGAGCCUCGGCAAACGCCUUUAAACAGCCUUGCUGGAGAAACGUUAAGAGCUGGCGUAUAAACAAAAUGAAGCUGCCCUGAUGAAGCCGUGGUUUGACUGUAGAUCUGAUGACAAAUCUUUGUGGAAGUCCCCUGAAGGAUGUCUAGAGCUCACCUUAUGUGGCCUUUGAAGGACAACCAGCUGCGUCUGAGCCCCGCUUGAUUUAAGCUUUCCUGCUGAAUGACAAAGCAUGUGGUUUUGUAAUUUGUUUAAAACUCUGCGUGGUGACUGUCUCCUGUUUUAGAUUUCGAUGCCACUGCUGUUACAAAUGCAGAGUGCAGUCAGGCCAAAUGAAAACUCAUUCUCUAGGAAGUCAAUUCGUGCAAGCGAUGAAGCAACUGAGGCGGACAAGUGGUUGUCUUGUGACUACUUAACGGACUCUUUGUUUGGACCGUGAAGUUGGAAGUCACCGGUCCCUUUUACUGUAACGCUGUAACGUUUGUGUGUGGGGGUGAGUCCUCUCCAGUCACUCUGUGCCCCCCUGACAGGGCGGCACUGAUUUGGUCAGAGGCGGUUUGGUUCACCCUUCCCUUAGGAGCCUUGUCCUGUUGUCGGGUUAUUUAUUCUGUUUGUCUAUUGUGAUGAUGCUACUGAA